AUGUCUUCGACCACCCUCAUAACCAGCCAACCCGCUAACUCCCUCCAUUCCCGCCGCAACUCGUCCUUUUCCACCGCCCGACCCUACGACAAUCGCGGGAAUCCCUCCGCCACCACCAUGAUGCCUUCCGCAUCGCAAUCACAACCUUCCUCGCAACAGUCCUUUACAAUGAGCCAGCAAUCCCAGGGCGGCUACCGAGCCUAUGGAGGGGACUCGAGGCUCGCCAAUGACGCCCCACAGAUUUACAGCGCCGUCUACUCCGGCGUCGAUGUCUACGAGAUGGAAGUCAAUGGUGUCGCCGUUAUGCGCAGGCGGCAAGACAGCUGGCUUAAUGCUACCCAGAUCUUAAAGGUUGCCGGUGUCGACAAGGGAAAGCGCACAAAGAUUCUUGAAAAGGAAAUCCAGACUGGCGAACAUGAAAAGGUUCAGGGAGGCUAUGGAAAAUAUCAGGGCACCUGGAUCAAGUUUGAGCGAGGCGUCGAAGUGUGCCGCCAAUAUGGCGUGGAGGAGGUCUUGCGUCCCUUGCUGACGUACGACAUGGGUCAAGAUGGAGGAGUUGCAGGCCGAGGAGACUUCAACACGCCGACCAAAGAGCAGGCUAUGGCUGCGCAGAGGAAACGAAUGUACAAUGCCGGAAACGAGGCGAGGACGAACGCCAUGGCCGGCCUCAACGGCACCUUUUUCAAGAAUAUCUCGAGCACUGCGUCGCACGCCGUCGCUGCUAUCAGCAAGGCGCGAUUCGACUCUCCUGGCCCGAGGAGCCGCAACGGACCGACAAAGGCGCCCAGCUUCAGCCGCCAGAGCUCGAUGCAGAAUGGCGACGACUUCCCCAGCAACUCCCAACAGAGCUUUGCCUCUGACUAUGGUAACCAGAACGACUCGGCGUAUUCCACUCAGCAAACAAGCCAGCAGUUUGACGGUCCAGAGCCGCCAAGGAAGCGGCAGCGUGUGACCAUGACACCACAAGACAGCUUUGGGUACAACAACAAUUCGAUGGAGAUGUACCAAAACCAAUUCCCCGGAUCCCCCACGGAACCUAACGAAUCCUUCAUCUACUCUCAGGCCAACGCCCCAGCACAUGACGGUCACAGCCCCCUAAGUCCUCUACCAUUCGAAAUGUCCCCCGACGCCGAAGCGAAGCGUAGCACGUUGAUGAGCCUAUUCAUGGACUCGGCAACCUCGGACCAGUCAAAGCAUGAGAUGCUGCGGACAUUAGCGCCCAUAGAGCUGGACAUGCCUAUUGACCAACAAAGUCACACUGCCCUGCAUUGGGCCGCUACAUUAUCACGCAUGUCACUCUUGCGGGCCCUGAUUACAGCAGGGGCCAGUCCCUUCCGAGUCAAUGCCUCUGGAGAAACGGCCUUGGUCAGAGCAUGUGUUGUGACAAACUCCAUGGACCUGGGACAGUUCCCCGAUCUCCUCGACGUUCUUGGAAGCACAAUUGAGGUCCGUGAUAGCAAGGGACGGACCGUUCUGCACCACAUUGCCAUGACGAGCGCUGUCAAGGGCAGGAAUGCGGCAAGCAGAUAUUACCUUGAAAGCCUCUUGGAGUGGGUUGUGCGACAGGGCAGCAAUCCCAAUGGGCAACUCGCUGCUGCCAAUGGAAAGGGAGAGAGUGCGCCGGCCAGCUCACAGUCCCAGCCAUCGUCACAACCCAAAAUGGGCAUCGCUCGCUUCAUGUCAGAGAUUGUCAAUGCGCAAGACCACGCCGGCGACACGGCGUUGAAUAUUGCAGCGCGGAUAGGCAACCGGAGUAUCAUCUCCCAAUUACUGGAGGUGGGCGCUGAUGGGGAGAUUGCGAACCGCGCUGGCCUGCGACCCGUGGACUUUGGUAUUGGGGGUGAACCUGCGGACGAAGGUUCCAAAAUCAUCAACGGAGCCAAUGGCAACGCGGCAAAUGGAGAUGUCGAGAAGAACGGACUUGUCAGCAGUGAACCGACAAAGGAAAGCAGUGAUGAUAUUAUCUCAUCCAUCACACAUCUCCUCACUGAAGCAAGCUCCACCUUCCAAAGCGAAGUCAAGUCGAAACAAGCCGUCAUCGAGUCUCUCCACACCACCCUCCGCACAACAUCAGCACAACUAGGCGAGGCCAAGAGGAACCUCGAAGCAAUGCAAGCAACCUUGCGCAAACAGCAACUCGCGCGGCAAAAGGUCUCGAAUCUCAGCCACGCUCGCGAAGAAGAACAGGUCCGCCUCACUCAGGAACAGAACCGUGCGGGGCGGACAAACGCCCUCUCCUCAUCGUGGGAGACGGAACUCAGCGCCGCCCUUGAGACUGCUGGCACGAACGGCGAGGGCGGCCUGUUGCCCUCGGCGGCGGUCCUCAAGGCGAGGUUGAGCGCCGUAUCGGCAAGACGGGACGUUACGCGCAAGAUGGCGGGCGCGCUCAAGGGACGGAGUAAGGACCUUGAAGUCAAAUACCGGCGCGUGGUGGCCAUGUGCACGGGGGAGCCCGAGGACCAGGUCGACGCCGUGGUUGAUGGUCUGCUCAGGGCGGUGGAGAGCGAAAAGGGCGAAUUGGAGGUUGAGCGGGUGAGGCGAUUCCUCGGCGGCGUCGAGGGCGUGGUGCACUAG